GCUCCCCGCCCCGUCCCGCCGCCGCCAUGAACCCGCUCUUCGGCCCCAACCUCUUCCUCCUGCCACAGGAGCAGCAGGGGCUGCCGGGCCCCGAGCUGCCGCCGCCGCCCGCCGCCGAGCCCCUGGCCGGGGAGCCGCCCGCCGGCCCCUUCCCCGCGCCGCCCGCCGCCAUGGCCCUCCGCAACGACCUGGGCUCCAACAUCAGCGUCCUCAAGACGCUGAACCUGCGGUUCCGCUGCUUCCUGGCCAAGGUCCACGAGCUGGAGCGGCGCAACCGGCAGCUGGAGAAGCAGCUGCAGCAGGCGCUGGAGGAGGGGGCGGGCGGCCGCGGCCGGGGACCCCCGCGCCGGGACCAGGCGGUGCAGACCGGCUUCGUGGGUCCCAUCCGCACCCUGGGGCUGGGGCUGGGGCCGGGGCUGGGGCUGGGGCUGGGCUCGGCCCGGGCGCUGGGGUCCCCCGGUUCCCGCCCCGGUGGUCCCGGCCAGCCCUCCGCCUUCUCCGCCGGCUCCCGCUUCAUGCCCGGCACCAUCUGGUCCUUCUCGCAAGCCCGGCGGCUCGGCCCGGGGCCCGAGACCACCCUGGUGCAGGGACCGGGCGUCUCCUGGGUCCACCCCGACGGGGUGGGGGUGCAGAUCGACACCAUCACCCCCGAGAUCCGGGCCCUCUACAAUGUGCUGGCCAAGGUGAAGAGGGAGCGCGACGAGUACAAGCGCAGAUGGGAAGAGGAGUACACGGUGCGUGUCCAGCUUCAGGACAGGGUGACUGAGCUGCAGGAGGAAGCCCAGGAGGCUGAAGCUUGCCAGGAGGAGCUGGCCAUGAAGGUGGAGCAGCUCAAGGCAGAGCUUGUUGUCUUCAAGGGACUGAUGAGCAAUAACAUCACGGAGCUGGACACCAAGAUCCAGGAGAAGGCCAUGAAGGUGGACAUGGACAUCUGCCGUCGCAUCGACAUCACUGCCAAGCUGUGUGAUGUGGCACAGCAGCGGAACUGCGAGGACAUGAUCAAGAUGUUUCAGAAGCAACUGGUUAGUUCCAUUCAGUUGAGAAAUUUUACAAAUUUUAAACUUUCUAUAAAAAAGUCUCUGCACUUGUCUCCCGUUAAGGUCCCAGCCUCGGUGGGGCGGAAGCGGGAGCGCAAGCAGGUCAGCGACGAGGACACCUCGCUGUCAGAGAGCGAUGCCUCCCGGAAGCCUGACGAGGAGGAGGAGGACGAGACCACGGCCAUGAGUAUCAAUGAGGAAAUGCAAAGGAUGCUGAACCAGCUGAGAGAAUAUGACUUCGAGGAUGACUGUGACAGCCUCACGUGGGAGGAGACAGAAGAAACACUGCUCCUCUGGGAGGACUUCUCCGGAUACGCCAUUGCAGCGGCAGAGGUGCAGGGGGAGCAGCAGGACGACAGCCUGGAGAAGGUGAUCAAGGACACGGAGUCGCUGUUCAAGAGCCGUGAGAAGGAGUACCAGGAAACCAUCGACCAAAUAGAGCUGGAACUGGCCACAGCCAAGAAUGACAUGAACCGGCACCUCCACGAGUACAUGGAGAUGUGCAGCAUGAAGCGAGGCUUGGAUGUGCAGAUGGAGACCUGCCGGCGGCUCAUCACCCAGUCUGGGGACAGAAAGUCCCCUGCCUUCACCCCGACCUCCAACAGCGAGUCAGCCCCGAAUGAGGAGAGCGAGGAAUCUGACCGUGAUCCCCCCAGCGAUGCUUCCAUCAGAUAAUGAGGGGAGGCCCUGCUCUCUCGGACCCCCUUCCUGGCAUGGGGGUGCCUGAGUCACACCUGGGAGAGACUGUCAGGGACGUGGAACCGCUGGUAAACGUCUGUCGCCCAGGCUCACUCCCGUUUUGGGGUGCUUGGCAGAUCCCACACACCCCCUCACCGGAUACCUUGCAAAUGGGAAUAGCUACAUAGACCUGAGGGCCCUCGCCCGGGCUGCUUUGCCUUCAGCCCCUUCUCUAUUCCCUUUCCCUGCUUUGGUUAAACCAUGGUUCGGGCAGGGAGGCUCCAAACCUGCCAUGGUGGCGUUCUGCAGGACCUGCUCCCAGGCGCCCCCAGACCCACCUCCUCUGGCCUCCAUCCUGGUACACUUGACCUGCCCCUGCCCUCCCUGCGCUACCUGGAGCCGAACGAGAGCCGUACCUCCUUGCAAACUGGACCUGACACUGGUGCCAACUGGACCGAGCCCAGGGCUCUCCCUGUCCUUGCUGCUGGCCGGGCACCUGGCUGGUCCCCACGCCGUGCCGGGCAUCCCGAGCCCUGCCACGCCUUCUCCAGGGCGGGGGCUGAGUCCUGCUCACUGUGCACUUUGCUUUGCCGCCCGUCGGCGAUGCGCUCACGUCUGUGUUACGGGGGCGAGGUCAUUAAAUGGGACAAUUUCCUUUUCUACA